UAUAUAAGGCCAAAGAUCCCCCUGGCUGCCUUCCACCUCUCCAUUGUAUAGAUCUUGGUCUUCGUUUCUGAGCUUCUUGGUGGGUAGAGGGAGGGAGAGAGAGAUGUUGGGUGUGUUCAGCGGCGAGGUAGUGGAGGCGCCGGCGGAGCUGGUGGCGGCGGGGAGCAGGACGCCGUCGCCGAAGACGCGGGCGUCGGAGCUCGUGAGCCGAUUCAUCGGGAGCUCCGCGCCGGCCGUGUCGAUCCAGAUCGGCGCCGUCGGCCAGCUCGCCUACUCCCACGCCAACCAGUCUCCCUUCCGCCCGAGGUCGUUUGCAGCAAAGGAUGACAUAUUCUGCCUGUUUGAAGGAGUGCUGGAUAACCUUGGACGCUUAAAGCAGCAGUAUGGACUCUCCAAGACUGCCAAUGAGGUGGUGCUCGUCAUCGAGGCCUACAAGGCUCUCCGCGACCGGGCUCCAUAUCCACCCAGCUUCAUGCUUGCCCACCUCACUGGCAAUUUCGCCUUUGUGCUCUUUGACAAGUCGACUUCUUCAAUCCUUGUUGCUUCUGAUCCGGAUGGAAAGGUUCCUUUGUUCUGGGGGAUUACUGCAGAUGGGUACGUGGCCUUUGCUGACAAUCUGGACCUGCUCAAAGGAUCAUGCGGCAAGUCUCUCGCACCGUUCCCUCAAGGAUGUUUCUAUUCAAACAGUCUGGGAGGUUUGAAAAGCUUUGAGAACCCAAAGAACAAGGUCACUGCUAUUUUAGCAAAUGAAGAAGAGAUAUGUGGUGCAACUUUCGAGGUUGAAGGAUCUACCGUCCUCACAGCAACCCAUUAGAAGCGAGCUGCAAGUUAGUUGUGGAGCAGGGGAUAGUAUGUUGCUGUGAAGGGAUGCACAAGGCAUGAAGUUACCAUGUAUAUAAUGUUGGAAUGCCAUGAGUUUAGCUAGUCCUUUGCUUUGUGCUUGUGUCUGGAGGUUGUUCUCAUAUUGAAAAAAUCUUGGGUAGUUCUCUUUAUCAAUUUGGAAUAAUCUUGUAGGUGCAAUCUUCCUUCAUAAAUGCAUCGAGUUCAGACCUUAUGUAUGUAAAUUUUGUUAUGUUCAGGAGAAUGCUGGAAGCAACUCUUUCCGUAUCAUAUAGAAUUUAUUUUUUUUUUGCA